UUUCUUUAACAUCUUUUUCAAUCAUUUCUUCUAUCAUUGGUGUAUGUAUUCAUUGCCAAGGUCAUAGCUUCUUUUUUCUUUUUCUUUUUUGUAACACCCCUCUCUCUCUUUCUGUCUACUGAUUUGGAUUUCUCCUUCACUUUUUUUCUUGUCAUUCUGUUCACCUUUUCUUUCUGUUUUUUUUCUCUUUCCUUCACCUUUUUCCUUUUAGCAAUAUGGGUUUCUCUAAUUUUCUCUCUUUAAUGGCUAUAUGUUAUUAAGAAUUAUUGUUCGUAAUGUGGGUGUAAUUUGAAUGUGCAUUCUUAUUUUGUUUUGCUGUUCCUGUUCAUUUCUGCUUUUGCUUUCUGGGCUUUAUUCUUUGACGGAAUGCCUGUCAUAUCUUUCCAUUUGUAGAUAAAGGGGAUUCUGCAAGUACUAAACUCUGCGGAAGGAGAUGAUAUAACAAAUGGUUGGCUUGGAUGUUAAUAUAUGUUCUUUUUUUGAACUUUUCUGAACCUUUUGUAUUAUGCAACUUGAAAGAUGGGGGAUCAUUUUGUGUUGCUGGUAGAUCGGUUGCUAACUGAAUCCACCCUUGAAGCUGCUAUAGAGAGCAAAAAUCACUGGCAGCAAGCUAUUCCCCCUGCUAGCCAAGAUAACACCACUGACUGUUCAACCCAUAGGAUGGAUGUAGAUUUUAGAUCAUCUCCAGAAAAACUGGUAGAGUGUAGGAUUUGCCAUGAUGAGGAUGAAGACACAAAUAUGGAGGUGCCAUGCUCUUGCUGUGGCAGCUUAAAGUAUGCUCAUCGGAAAUGUGUUCAGAGGUGGUGCAAUGAGAAGGGUGAUACCCUCUGUGAGAUCUGUCACCAGCAAUUUAAACCUGGUUAUACAGCACCUCCUCCCCUGUUUCAUUAUGGUGGCAUUCCCAUGAAUUUCAGGGGAAAUUGGGAGGUAUCAAGAAGGGACCUACAUAAUCCUGGAUUGAUAGCAAUGGUUACAGCAGACCGUGAGUUUGUGGACUCUGACUUUGAUGACUACUUGGCUCCCUCUCCUAGAAGCCUGAUAUGCUGCCGUAUCAUUGUUAUUAUUUUUAUGAUCCUUUUGGUUUUACGCCACACACUUCCCAUAAUUCUCAGCGGAGCUGGAGAUUACUCAAUGACAUUGUUCAUGUUACUAAUACUGAGGACCAUCGGAAUCCUUUUGCCAAUUUAUGUCAUGGUUAAAGCAUUCACUGCUAUUCAGCGUCGUCGUCAACAGCAGGAUCCUCAUUUGGUGCUCACUUCAUCGGAUGAAGAAAAUGAGCUGCCACAGCUGCGACCCCAGUCACGAUUUAUUCACAUUCGGUAAUCAUCAUUACCACCUCUCACCCGAAGGAUGGCAAGUAGUGUACAGAAGAAUGAAUCAGAAUUUCAGUGCUUCAAAUUUUUGUUUGGUGCUUAAGAAGAAAGCCGUGGCACUAUCAUCAUCGCAGGCUCGCAGCCACACUUUUAUUAGUUCAGCAAAAUUAUCAGAAACUGGACGCUUGAGCAAAAAUGUUACCUUUGGAAGUAUCUGAAAACUGUGUACAGUUAGUUACUAAACAGUAUCAACAUUCACAACUGCUGUUUAUGAGAAAUGGAAGCAGAAAAUAUGAAAUAUGA